CUGAGUUCUGACCAGGUGAGGCAGGCAGAGAUUUCCGAACAUUCCUCUCCGUGAGAGCUGCUCUAGGAUCCCUGCAACAACGUUGUGGAGCUGCUGAACCCCAAAGAACACCACCCCAGUACUGGUUGUGGAGCUGCCGAACCCCAAAACAACACCAUCCCAGUUCCAUCGUCUGGCAAGAGCAUGCACUCAGCAUUUCAUACUUGGGGUCCCGAGUGAAGGUGUUCACCAUUGCCCAGCUUGCAAGGUGGAGGAGAUUAACCAAAACUUCAAGGAAAUAUCAUCUAAAGGUGGGAUCACAGAGCAUCAGUCAGCUUCAAGGAGCAUCAGUUGGCAGGACCAGGUGCCACUUCCUUCCUCCAUACCGGUUAUAAGCACCUAGGAGAUUUUAUCAACCAUCGCCAGAAAGGUACCAUGGCUGUGCUCAAGCUUUUCCUCAUGGCUUUCAGCUUUGUCUUCUGGGCAGCGGGACUCACCAUGGUUACCCUUGGCAUUUGGGCCAAGAUUUCCCUGGGCACCUACUUGGUGCUCUCCACCAACCAAUACCCAAACACCUCCUUCAUUUUGUUGGCGACCGGCGCGGCUGUCAUCGUGUGGGGCUUCCUGGGCUGCUUCAGCGCCGCCACCGAACACCGCUGCCUGCUGCGCACUUAUGGGAGCUUCCAGCUGGCGGUGCUGGCCGCCGGCUUAGCGGCGGGCCUCUCCAGCUUGUUCUACCGCAAGGCUAUCGCCGAAGGCUUCCAGAACGGCCUCCGUGAAGCCAUACGCUCCUACGCAGAGGACGAGGAGAAGGCCGAGGCUCUGGAUUCCGUCCAGCGCACCUUGGACUGCUGCGGGGUGGAAAGUUACCGCGACUGGUUUUCCUCGCCAUGGUCUGUGGAGCAACAGCCACCCAACGGCUCCGUGCCCGCCAGCUGCUGCAGGGCACGCAAAAGGUGCCUGCACAGCCCUCUCCCUUUCGGCGCCCGGGGAAUUUACCGUGACGGUUGUUACAGUAAGGUCUACAACUUCGUCAGCGACAACAUGUUCUACAUUGCCACAGCGGCCCUCGGGCUGGCUCUCAUGCAGGUGGUGGGCAUCAUCCUGGCUUGCCUGCUGGCUGCUCGGGUCCCGCCCCACGCUCAGCCACCCGGAGGCACCAUCCCACACUGAAUAUGGCGCGUAGCUCACUCGGACUCAGCACUGAGACUGUGGAAGGUACCGUAGCUCCACCACCACAAACCCUCCAACCACACUCUCUGCAUGCAUUGCCACGUCACCUCAAUGAUCUCCCCCCCCCCAAUUUAUUUGAUUAAAUUUCCAGAAAUUCCACAUACAAUUCCAAUACAGUGGUACCUCUGGUUGCGAAGUGCCAUAUCUGCGCAGGUGAGUGGCACGAUUUAGCGCUUCUGCGCAUGCGCGAGCGGCGAAACCCGGAUUUAACCCUUUUUAGUACUUCCGGGUCGCCGCGGGAUGCAACCUGAAAAAACGUAUCAUGAAGCAAACGUAACAUGAGGUAUGACUGUACAUUAAAAAAACCCAACUUCUAUAUUAUUGACUUCCCAUCCCAUUGUCCAUUAUGUUUUCCUUGUCGCCCUGGCUUUGCUGCACCCUGUCUCCCCCCUUUUACAUCAUAACCAUAGCACAAAAGUCUCUCAUUCUUUCUGUUGCUCAUCAUCCUAAUCCUGCUCGCGGAUUCUUCAUAUUUUCAUAUUUCUUCAAAUAAUCCGAAAAGGGCUUCCAUUCUUCGAAAAAGACAAUCAUCAUUAAAUUCUCUUAUUUUAGCUGUUAGCUUUGCUGGAUUGAUAUGUGGUCCAUAACUUUGCUGAUCCAUUCUUCUUUAGUGGGAACUUCUUCGUUUUCCUAACUCUGAGCAUAAAGGAUCCUAGCUGCUGUGGUUGCAUACAUAUACAAAUUAACCAUCUUUUUGGCACGGCACCUCAUUAUCUUUGCAAUUGCUUCCCCCUGUAACCCCCCUCCUAAUUCUCCUUCUACCUACCAUCAGUGACACUGUGCCAGGGAACCUGGCUAAAUCUCCCCCUUUUUAUCUCUCUCUUUUUCUGCAAGAUGGACCAAUUCCUAAGUUUUUCCCCUGAAAUAUUUUUCCAUCCACCCACACUGAACCCCUUCAAUGCCUUCAGAAGACACGAAUGGCAGCAACUGCUUUCAU